GGGCGCCUUGCUCCCUCCGUCUGCACAGCCGGAACCAGAGAGAGCAGACGCCAUGACCCCCACCCUGACGGCCCUGCUCUGUCUCGGGCUGAGUGUGGGCCCCAGGACCCGAGUGCAGGCAGGGACCCUCCCCAAACCCACCAUCUGGGCUGAGCCAGGCUCUGUGAUCCCCCGGGGGACCCCUGUGACCAUCUGGUGUCAGGGGAGCCUGGAGGCCCAGGAGUACCGCCUGCAAAAAGAGGGAAACUCGGAGACCUGGCACAGUCAGAAGCCACUGGAGCCCAAGGACAAGGCCAAGCUCUCCAUCAAAUACAUGACACAUGUAGAGGCAGGACGAUAUCUCUGUAACUAUCUCAGUCCCACUGGCUGGUCAGAGCCCAGUGACCCCCUGGAGCUGGUGGUGACAGGAUCGCAUGGCAAACCCAGCCUCUCAGCCCUGCCCAGCCCUGUCGUGACCUCAGGAGGGAAUGUGACCUUCCAGUGUGGCUCACGGUUGGGACUCAACAGGUUCGUCCUGAUGAGGGAAGGAGAACACCAGACCUUCUGGACCCUGGACUCCCAGCGAGCCCCCAGUGGGGGGUCCCAGGCCCUGUUCCCUGUGGGCCCCGUGACCCCCAGCCCCAGGUGGACGUUCAGAUGCUAUGGUUAUUACAACAACAACCCUCAGGUGUGGUCGGACCCCAGUGACCCCCUGGAGCUGCUGGUCUCAGGUGCAUUGGGGAAGCCCUCCCUCCUGACCCAGCAGGGCCCUGUCGUGACCUCUGGACAGAGCCUGACCCUCCAGUGUCGCUCUGAUGUCGGCUACGACAGAUUCGCUCUGUCCAAGGAGGGCGCACGGGACCCUCCCCAGCUUCUUGGCCAACAGCCCCAGGCUGGGCUCUCUGGGGCAGACUUCUACCUGGGCCCUGUGAGACCCUCCCUCGGGGGCCGGUAUACAUGCUAUGGUGGACGCAAGCUCUCCUCCGAGUGGUCGGCCCCCAGUGACCCCCUGGACAUCCUGGUCGCAGGACAGCUCCCCUACACACCCUCCCUCUCAGUGCAGCCGGGACCCACGGUGACCUCAGGAGAGAAUGUGACCCUGCUGUGUCAGUCAUGGAGCUCUGAGGACACUUUCCUUCUGUCCAAGGAGGGGGCAGCCGAUCCCCCCCUGCGUCUUAGAUCAAAGCGCCGAGCUGGGCAGCACCAGGCUGAAUUCUCCAUGAGUCCUGUGACCUCAGCCCACGGGGGGACCUACAGGUGCUACGGCUCAUCCAGCGCCUCCCCCUACCUGUUGUCCCAGCCCAGUGACCCCCUGGAGCUCCUGGUCUCAGGUCCCCACUGGUACCUGUACGUCCUCAUCGGGGUCUCGGUGGCCUUCGUCCUGCUGCUCAGCCUCCUUGUCCUCCUCCUGGUCCGACACCGGCGUCGGGGCGAAGGCAGGAAGCCAGGGGCUGCAGACGCGGAGCCCAAGGACAGAGGCCUGCAGGACAGCUCCAGCCCAGCUGCUGCCACCCAGGAGGAGAGCCUCUAUGCUGCCGUGCAAGACACUCAACCUGAGGAGGGGGUGGAGCUGGACCAUCAGCAGAACACACAGGAUGAAGACCCCCAGGGAUCGACAUAUGCCCAGGACACUGCUGCAUCUGGCGCCCCCCAGGACGUGACCUACGCCCAGCUGAACCGCUUGACCCUCCGACGAGAGACAAGUGCAUCCCCUCCCUCCCCAUCAGGGGAGCUCCCAGCAGAGCCCAGCAUGUAUGCUGCUCUGGCCAUCCACUAGCCCAGGAAGGACCCAGACCCCACACUCCAGGGAAGGGGACCGCAAAGACCCUGGAAGGCACAGGAGCUGCCCACAGUGGGUGCCACCUAAUGACCCCAGCCAACCUGGACUCCUCACGCAGACCAGUAGGAACUCCCGGGACCCUCCGGGAGUCGCCUGAUUCUGCCAUCAAAGAUAGUACUAUCUCUAUACUCUGGAAACUAAAGCGAUGGAUUUCUCAAUAAUCCAUGAAUGAAAUGAGAAAACCAAAAUGAAAAUGAGAGAAUGUUUACACUGAAGGACAAUGUAAAUGUUACACAUCAAACCUAUGAAAUGGGAAAAUUAAGAACCAAGUCAAUGAUCCAAGUUAUCAUACCAUGAAUUUAAAAAAAGAAUAGCAAAUUAUUUGAAAUGAAGGUAGAAGGAAGGAAAUACAGUGAUAAGAGAAGCUACUAAUGAGGUCAAACAAAAAAUAAAGAAGAAUCUAAAGCCCAAAA